UGCAUCUAGGCCGAAGAAGUCGAGCACAGAUCCAGUCGAAGCCAGUGCAGGAGCCAGAAUGGCGAACGACAAGGAUCCCCUGGGAAAGCUGAAGGAUCUAGCAGAGCUCAAAGACCAACUCGAGGAGAUCCAGAAAAAAGUGGAGAAUGAAGUUCAAGCUGGGAUUCCGCAGGGCGGCUCACUCUUAGCCUCUCCGUUCCUGAAGGGGUUCUUGGCAGGAUAUGUGGUGUCCAAACUCCGCGCUUCUGCCGUUUUGGGAGUCGCCUUGGGAACCCUCACAGGCAUCUAUGCUGCCCAAAGCUAUCAGGUGCCUAACAUUGAGAAAACCAUAAACGAUUACAUAAACUCUUUAAAGAAAGGCCCUGGUAAUUAACAGAGCAAGAGGGAGGUAAUCUUGCACCU